UUUUCUUGAAUAACUGCUGCUUGUACCUUUUGGUUGAAAUAUAGUAUUAAGGUUGUAAUAUUUCUCCAUUGGCAGGACUGUGACAAAACAGUGAAGCAACAAUGACAGGAUGAACCGGCUUCAUGUAGAAAGAAAAUCUAAAAACGAAGAAACAAAACAUGAAGGAGAAAAUAGUUUAACAGAGUCUGAACUUUCCCCUGAAAAGAACCUGAAUAUUGCUUUGGACAAUUGCCUUCCUGUAGUUUCCUGCCACCAUGGGAUGUUUCCGGAGUUCACUCCGAGAUCAGUGGAAGAAUUGCCUCCUCCCCCCAAAAUAGACAAAUACAAGCUUGCAAGAUUUUUAGCUGAUAAAGCCAUCAGGGAAAGGAGAAUUUUUACCAUCUGUGGUCCUUACCCAGUAAUCCGCUCUUCUUUAAGAAAGAGAGGAUGGGUGGAAAGAAAGAAUAUUCUUAAAUUUGACAUUCAGAACCAUAAAGAUGAAGGGACUGAAGUAGAAUGUGACAACGGUGUUAAGAAUGAAAGCAAGACUGUAUUGCAUGAAGAAGAACGUCAUUUAAACCAUUCAAAUGACAUCCAUGAUAUAAUGUCUAGAUUGAUAAGAAAUGAAGAAACAUCUUUUUAUUGGACUACUAAAAAGGAUGCAGUUGAUUACUACACUCUCCAUAUUGAUCAAAUGUUGAACCAUUAUUCAAAAACUGGCUCUUUUACAACCAAAAUAGGACUCUGUUUGCACAUGAGGAAUUUGCCAUGGUAUGUGUCAGUGAACCCAAACAGUUUCUUUCCUCGGUGUUAUGCCAUCUGUUUAGAUGAUGACAAAUCUGCUUUUAUCGAUGACUUCAGAAAAACAGCAGCCUUCUGCAUAAUUAAAUGGGUUGUCAAUUUACAUAUUUCUGAUGACUGGUCGUCUAAAGAAAACAGUGACAAAGAAGAUGCCAUUCAGGUUAAAGAUUAUGAGUUAAAGAAAGUUAAGGAGCUUCCUGGAGAACUUGUAGAAAUGGCAUGCAAAAUAUGUGAAACCUACCUUGAACAAUUUGAACAUGAAGACAUUGAUGCAGAGACAGAUAAUGUUCCAGUACUUUCAGAAACAGAAUGGAAUCAGUUCAUUGACCACUACUAUUCUCUCAUUCAUGAAGGUGCAGUUAUUUGUAAUGCAGACAGUUAUUUUAUUCAGUGUCAAAAUAUUUUGCAUAAAAUCAGGCUAGUUAACCCACAGCAAGAGAUUGAUGGUCUUUACAACAUUUGGAUCAUUAAGCCUGGAGCAAAAUCCCGUGGCAGAGAAAUAGUAUGCAAAAAUCGACUGGAUGAAAUAUUGAAACUUGUUGAACCAACUGAUCAAUUUCCAAUUAAAGAUCAUAAGUGGGUUGUCCAAAAGUAUAUAGAGAAACCACUCCUCAUUUAUGAUACAAAAUUUGAUAUUAGGCAGUGGUUUCUUGUAACAGAUUGGAACCCACUGACUAUAUGGUUCUACAAAGAAAGCUAUCUGAGAUUUUCAACUCAACGGUUUUCCUUAGAAAAUCUUCACAGCUCCAUUCAUCUUUGUAAUAAUUUCGUCCAGAAAAAUUACAAAAAUGCAUCAGAUCGUAGUUCUCAGUUGCCAUAUCACAACAUGUGGUCCAGUAGCAAAUUCCAAGAGUAUUUGCAGAAGAGAGGCCUUGGCCAUGUUUGGUGCAACAUCAUCUAUCCAUCUAUGAAAAAAAUCUUAAUAUAUAUAAUAAAGAUGGCUCAGGAGCAAGUGGAACCACGAAGGAGCAGCUUUGAACUGUAUGGAGCGGAUUUCAUUCUUGGCAGUGAUUUCAAACCUUGGUUGAUUGAAAUCAACAGUAGCCCAACUAUGCAUCCUUCUACUCCGAUUACAAUGGACCUUUGUGCUAAAGUGCAAGAAGACACAAUCAAAGUUGUGCUUGACAAGAAGCUUGACAAAAAUUGUGAAACUGGAAAUUUUGAACUUCUGUGGAGACAACCCAUGUUGGAUAUGCCACCCUUUAAUUCUACAGACCUCAUUGUGGAAGGAAUCGGUGUUAAGAAACUGAAAAAGCAUGUGGUCAUCAGUAACUUUAAUUUUAUUGAACCUCUGUUGAACAUAGUGCAGUCUUCAACUAAUCAGGAAAGUAAAGGAGAUUCAAUUCCACCUAUCAAUGAGAAGCAAAUCAUAAAAGUAAAACAUGGAAAUAGCACUCUUUGCACCUUGCCAAAGACCCUUGAGAAGAAGUCUGAAAAAAGCACUAAAGUAAAGUCGACUAACAAAAAGCACAUCAAAAUCAUAGACUUCCCUCACAUAACUAUUCUCCAAGAAGCAGCAAUUAUGCCUGAUAAAAAAAAGUCCAAGGCAAUUAAAGAACCCAGACAGCAGACUGGAAAUCAAGCAGCCACCAGCUUUCCAAAUUCAAAUUCAUUAGACUGGGCAUUACUUCAGCCCUCUAAAAAUACAGGUCUACAGAACGAAACCAAGAAGACUCCAUGCCUAGUUUGUGGAGAUGGUUUCCAGUCGGAGAAAACUUGUAAACGCUGCAGCUCUUUUUGUGCAACUGUAUUACAAGGAGGUUCAUACUUACCUAUGAGUCCAUGUUCUGCUCCUGAAAAGAUGGCCAAGACCAGGGUGGCUGCUCCAUAUUAUGGGUUUCCAAAAUACUUUUGACUCUAUUCAAUGUGCCUUGAGAUAGUGGUUUUUUUUUUUUUACAACCAAUUCCCUAAAAGAUAAAACAGAACUCAAGAACCAUCCUUGUAUUUUAAAAAAGUCCUCGUAAAAAAACCCAAACCUGUGCAAUUCUGUGAUAGGAAUUUGACAAAAUGUUGUUAUUGGUAUAAAUCUUACCAUUCAACAUUUAUGGGCAGCAUAACAGCACAUCAGCCUUACCAGUAUUUGGAUGGACAUAUUUAAAUAGGAAAAGUCUCUUUUAGAAAGGUGAUUAGCACCAGGGAAGUAGUGGAUUUUGUAGACAGAACUAAUCCCGAUUGAUGCCUGUGUGUCAAUUGGCUAGAAAUAAAGUCAACUUUUCAGAUUUCAGUCCCUUUGUCCAUUCUGGCUAUUGUGAUGCCCAGUGUUCUUUCUGGACCAUUUUCACCAUGGCUCCUGAUUGGUGGAUUACUCUUCUUUAUCAUCCCUUUUGAGGAAAGAAGGAAGGAAGGCAGGCGAUGGACGCUAUAGACCCAUGUUACUUUGUAGUCAUAUGGAGUGGAGAGAUUUAUUUAUUGUAGGCAAAUCAGACAUCAGUGCUUGACUAGCAUAAACUGGAAAACACCACAUUUGACAUGAAACAAUAAAAAUGAGGAAAGAUUGCCCAAGAGAUUCUUACGGUAAUGAUAAUACAAGUCAAGUUAGCGUCUUAUUAAGAAGGGAUUGCUAUAUUGAUUUUUAGCUUUGUCGGUAGUAAACCUGUGUGGCAAAACACUGAAGGACACUAGUUUAUGAUACUAAAAGAGGUUGCAGAUCUGCAAAGACAUGAAAAUGAAAAAUCUGAUGAAAUACUGGCAUACUGGUCUCUGCUUGCUUUACACUUUGAAAAACUGUUUUCAGAUUCUGCCCAAGGUCCAUAGCUGAAUUAUGAAGAACAGUUAGGAUAAAAUCUUAAGUAAGCAGACUGAGUUAUUGCUCUGUGCUCUACAUGAAGCCCACCUGGAAGCUACAGCUGAUACAAAAUGCCUGAGCAAUAAUGUCUGCCUUCCUGUAUUCCUAUGUGUCACCACUGCUAUGUGAGCAGCAUUUGUGUUGUGAGUUAGGCUUCUGGGUACAAUUCAAAAUGCUGGACAUUACCUAUAAAGCACUUUAUUACUUCUCAAGUCCCCAAGUCCAAUCGUCAACUGUUUCUGCUUGCCCAAUAUGUUCCAGCAAAAUCAUACAUUCCAGGUCCUUUCUAUUAAAUGUUGUCAUCUUGUGGGAGAGAGUCCAGACAAUGCUGUCUCUCUCUCCUAUGGUUCCCCAAAACAAUUAAGACCUGCCUUCAGUCACAGUCCUGGGGUUGAUAUUUUUGUAAGGCCUCUUAUUUCACUACAUUUGUUAUUGCUUGAUUGGCUUUAAUCUGGGCUGCCUAUAAGAUUGUAUGUUUCUAACAGUUUGUAUUGUUUUGUAUUCACCAAUGUGCGUGGUUGGCUAUACAGGUAGCUCUUGACUUAACAACCACAAUUGGGACCAGAAUUUCCAUUGCUAAACAAGGUGGUUGUUAAGUAAGUCCUGCCCAAUUUUACUACCCUUUUUGCCAUGGUUAAGUGAAUGACUGCAGUUGCUAAGUGAAUUGGGCAGUGGUAAAGGAAUCUCAUUGGCUUUGCUUGUUGGAAGCUAACUGGGAAGGACAUGAAUGCAAUCACAGAACCCCAAGAUGCUGCAACUGUCAUAAAUACAUGCUGGCUGCCAAGUGCCUGAAUGU